ACUUUUGUCCAAAACCUGGGAUGCAUGCUGACAUGUUUACGGUUGAGUCAACGCUAGCUGAGCAUUUUGAGAGAAGAACCUAGUGGAGAUUUAUCUGUGACUUUACAACAGAAACACAAAGCUAUUAUUUAGCUGCAAACGACGUACAAUUAAUCGCUUAAAACGACCCCGGCAACAAUUGAUGAGGCUACCGGGAAAACAUCCAUGUAGCCGGUGGGAACUUUUAGGAGCACGUUUUAAGCUACACAAUUUAGAGCAAAUAUGUCAUCAUCGACGAUAGUUCCUGUAAUUGAUGUCCAGAGUAAUAAUUUCAAGGAGCUUUGGCCAGCAUUGGUGGUUGCCAUUCAAACAUCAUCCUUCAUUGCGCUUGACACGGAGCUGAGUGGUCUGGGAAACAGAAAGGCCCUGCUGGCCGAAUCCAUAGAGGAUAGAUACAAAGCAAUAUGUCACGCUGCUCGCUCCCGCUCCAUCAUUUCCUUGGGACUUGGGUGUUACAAGAAGCUGGACCACAAGCCUCCAGACUCGUACCUCGUCCAAGUGUAUAAUCUCACCCUACUGUGUUCAGAGGAGUACAUCAUAGAGCCCCAGUCGGUCCAGUUCCUGGUGCAGCACGGAUUUGACUUUAACAAGCAGUACAGCAGUGGGAUCCCUUAUUGCAAGGGCAAUAAUAAGGGAGGUGCAGAUGAUCGUGGGGUCAACAUCCGAGCUUUGUUUACUGAGCUGCUGCGCGCCAGGAAGCCCCUGGUGCUGCACAACGGCCUCAUCGACAUGGUCUUCCUUUACCAGAGUUUUUAUGCUCACCUCCCUGAGCGGCUGGCCACCUUCACAGCCGACCUGUCCGAGAUGUUUCCCGCUGGCAUCUACGACACCAAAUACGUGACAGAGUUUGAGCUCCGGCUGACUGCCUCAUAUCUGGAGUACGCUUACAAGAAAUGCAAGCUGGAAAACAGCCGCAGCGUCACCUCCGCUUCACCGGGACCUCACAUCCACGUAGAAUUCUGUCAGUACGCGGGUCACCUGUCCACAUACAUUGACUACAGAGAGUGUCCGGCCGUAGCGUUCUUGGAGGGACAGACGGACAUCUGCCAGCGCUUUUCAGCUUUCGGCUGGUGUCCAAACGGCAACAAGUGUCCACUAUCCCAUGACACAGACCUGAUCAUCCUGCAGGAUGAGAAAUGCAAGGAGGAAAAAAGGAAAAAGCGGAAGAGAAAGAGAGAGAAAAAGGGUGGAUCAGAUACAGCGGAGGACUGCUCCGCCGUCGAUGGCGCCCCACAGAAGAAAAUGCCAAAUAUGGACGUGGAUAAGGAAGAAGCAGCAGAUGACCAACAGGAGGCACAUGAGAAAUCUGGCUCUGAGAGUGUGCCUCAAAUGGAAACGGAUGGAAACCAUCAUCAGAUAGACGAAGGGCAGAAGAUGAAAAGCGACAACGGGGAGAACGGAGAGAGCGAGGAGAAAACGGACGCCGCAGACUCUGCAACAACAAGCAAAAGUGGUGAAAGAAGCUCAGAAGAAGGCGCUGGUGUCCAUCCUGCAGAGUCCAACGCUCAGGCGAAGAAGAAGGCCGACGCAGGAUCACAUCGGGCGGGGUUUGACGCCUAUAUGACGGGAUACAUCUUUGCCUACUCGUGCGCCCUCAUCAAAAAGGAAGAAGCCGGGGUGGAAAGAGUUGAGGAAGAAUCGAAGGAGUCCUGGCUCCCCACCUGUAUCAAUAAGAUCUAUCUCAGUGGCAAAGCAGCGCCUCUCAAUGUGGUGAAAAGCACCUUCUCCAAAUCAUCCAAGGCUCAUAUCCAGAAGAUGGAAAUGGUGUGGGCGGGGAAGAUGUAGCACUGUUGUUAUUUUUUUGGGGUUUUUUUUAAUACAUCAGAUCUGUCAUUUUAUCUCACACACGAUGAGGUUGAUAGUUCUAUUUUUUUGUCAGCUGUGGAUUGGAUUUUUGUAAAAAAAAAAAAAAAAUCUUUCUUUAAGCGGGUAAAAUAGACCAACGUUGGCCAGCAUGUGGUGGUUGUUUGGAUCAACAGUUUGUAUUUCCUUCUGCUCUUUCUCUAUUCACCAAACCACACCUA